UAUUUGGUCUGGUUAAGAGGUAAAACGGGCAUCAGUCGGUCUGUCAUUCAUUUACUUCGAAGAAGCAUCAGCUUGCUGAAUAUUGUAGACUAGUAGAGCGAGAGUGAAAGAAAAAGAGAUGGAGAGAGGGGAAAAGAGAAAAACACGGAAAGAGAGGAAGAAGAAAUUACGCUUGUAAAGCAGGCACUGCAAUGCUAUCCUGUUAGUCUUUUUGUUUUCCUUCUGCUCACAGGUUUUCUGACUGGCUUCGCUGUUGUCUUCCGUGUUAUUUGUUAGUGAUGAUGAUAAUGAUGCUGGCACUGCAGAGGAAUUAGUGACCAACAGCGACACACAGCACAGCGGCUGCUCUUUGGAUCACCGUAAAGAAUGAAAUAGCCAGGAGCUGUCUCUAACUCGCUGUUUAUAUGUAAAAAAAUACCCAAACAAAUCGUUAAACAGUUUCCAUUCCAUAUUCACUACUGCUAUUCAACUAUUUAUUUAUCAAUCUAUUUAACUAACAGUUUCUCCCGACUCGCUGUAGCGUUAGUAAUAGGUGUGUUUCGACAUAAAACUCCUCUAAGCUGUCUCUCACAUCCUCCCAUUCCUCUUUCUCUUUCCGUCUCUCUCUUUCUUUCCAUCUCUAUCCGAGAAUUUUCACUUUUUUAUGUUACUUUCUUCUUCAUCUAGACUCUGUUUACCAUUAGUGGUUUGUACUAACCCGACCAUACAGACAUCAAGCUGGAAAUGUGUUAUUUCUUCCAUCAAUGAUAGCAAGCUUUUAUCUAAAAUUCCAAAAUACGCACUGAAUACCCUCGAUUUCUACAAACAAAUGGGCUUCAUUCGUUGUUAGACGAAAAUAUUCACUCAACGCUCAUUAGAAUUCUAUACAUAUACAAAUGAAGGUUGCAUUAACGAAAAAUAUCGAGCGUUCAAUCAGUCAUUUUUCUAUUCCGCUAAAGGUGUUUAUUUUUAAAUCGAACAGUUUCCAAAUGGAAUGAUUUAUCCGAAAGGUAUUCACCCUUUCAACACAUCCAACAUUUCAACAGUAUUAAUUAUCUUUACCUCAUUAUACACCUUGAUGCUUUCUCCAUCUUUCUUUUAAAUCUAUAUCAACAACCACACACACGCACCAACAUAGACAUACGCUUGCAUUGGAGCAUUUCGUGCAAUAUAUGCAUAUAUACAACCAAAGAAAUCGUUAUAGACGACGUAUGUAUAUAGAUAUAAAUUUGUACAUGUAUCACAAUAUAUGUCUACCAGGUAGACGUAUGCCUGUACAGGCACAUACCACAACACCUCAUUCGAAGUUAAAACGGAACCUGUACUCCUAGGUUUUUUAAAAUUAUUUAAACAAAAAGGUGAAAAGAAAUAAAACAAAAAAAGUAAUAAUUAAACUAAAAACAAGUGGCUAAUAAAUUAGAAAGAUAUACAGCCGUCGUUAAGCUUGCUCAGGGAGUGUACGUAAUAUAAUUGUACAUACAUAUAUACAUCGAUAUAUAUAUAUAUAAUUUUAAUAUCGAUAUCUACCUAUAACUUCAUGACAUAAUUAUAAUUGCAAUCUAGCCUGCUGUGUUCCAAUAUUUUCUGCUCUAGUGUCAUUCAUUUACACCCAAAUAGACAACAUUCGUUAUGUUAGCGCUUAUGGCACCAGUUGUCGCCUUGCAGAGGCCACUUACUUGGGUAUCUUAAGAAAAAAACAGAGAAGUAAAGAAUAAGGAGGACUGUCAUUAUAUUGGAAGAUAACUGCAAAGCAAAAAUUAUUCUCCAAAAAUCAUUCAGCCUGGCGUCGUCUGGAGAGAGCGCUGCUUUAAAGGAAGAAAAUAUGUCCCACCGUUACAGUAAAAGGACAGAAUCUUUACCCAAUACCCUGUCAGGGGCCAUGUUUGGAAAUGGGCAACAUUCGCAAGAGGAAAAUCCUAAUUAUCUUGUUUACAAAAAGAUGGAAAAUAUCUUGGACCGUAUGCAAGAUGAAAAUACUGGAGUACCUGUGAAAACAGUAAAAAGUUUCAUGUCAAAAGUCCCCAGUGUUUUUACAGGUCAAGAUCUAAUUAGUUGGAUGAUGAGAAAUUUAGAUGUGGAUGAUCAAGCGGAAGGAUUACAUCUGGCUCACCUAAUGUCUGCUCAUGGCUAUCUUUUCCCAAUUGAUGACCACGUGUUAACAGUUAAAAAUGACAACACGUAUUACCGUUUCCAGACACCUUGCUUCUGGCCUUCUCGUAGUGGUGAACCAGAGAAUACUGAUUAUGCUGUCUAUUUAUGCAAAAGAACCAUGCAAAACAAACAGCGUUUGGAGCUUGCAGAUUAUGAAGCUGAGAAUUUAGCGCGACUCCAGAAAAUGUUUUCUCGUAAAUGGGAAUUUAUUUUUAUGCAAGCAGAAGCACAAGCUAAGGUAGAUAAAAAACGAGACAAAUUAGAGAGAAAAGUGUUGGAUAGUCAAGAACGAGCAUUCUGGGAUGUACAUAGACCUGUGCCUGGUUGUGUAAAUACUACUGAAGUAGAUAUCAAAAAGGCAUGUCGAAUGAACAGACAUUCAAAAAUGACAAGGCACAAUUAUGCUGUACCAGGUGGCCGUCUUAGUCCAAGUGUGUCAGAAGCUGACUUACACAGUCCAUCUACAGAUUCCACUAAAUCAGAGGCUUCGGCUGACAGUCAGCUGAUUGAGAGUCUUAAACAAAAGCUUGAGAAACGAAGAGUAAAAAUUUCCAAAGUUGCUGAAAGCUUCAUUGCUUACUGUGAACAAUAUGCAGAAUUUGAUGCCUUCAGCACAACCCCUGAACCAUCGAAUCCUUGGAUCUCUGAUAAUAUAGAAUUCUGGGAGCAGGAAAAAACUGUAAAUCCCAAAGACAUUCCACCACGGCGUGUGAAACGGUGGGGUUUUACUAUUGAAGAGGUUCUCACUGACCAGGCUGGAGUUGAACAGUUUAGUAAGUUCCUUGAUAAGGAAUUCAGUGGAGAAAAUCUUAAAUUUUGGUUAGCAUGUAAAGAUCUGAGAGGAUUAUCCCUGAGAGAAGUAAACACCAGAGUUCUAGAUAUAUAUAAAGAAUUCCUUGCUCCUGGUUGUCAUAACCCAGUUAAUGUGGAUAGUACAAUUGCUGAACUGGUAAGACGAAGAAUAGAAAAUAACCCUGAUCGGUACUGCUUUGAUGAAGCUCAGAAUCAUAUAUUUAAACUGAUGAAAAGUGACAGCUAUAAUCGAUACCUGCGGUCCGAUAUGCACAAAGAGUUUCUCAGUGCUACAAGAAAGAAAUUACUUUGUUCCAGGUUCAAUCACACGGAAUUCUCAGCAAAUACAUUCUACCAAAGACUAAGGUUGAACUAAGCCUUGUGAGUUAAUUUGAGCAGGAAACGCUUGGAGAUCAGGAAGUCUUGACUGUAUGUUGCUGUUUAGGUACUAGAACAGCUGCUGUUUACUCUCUCACACACCUUGCCGCCAUUUUCACUUGUAUCUGUUUAGUCUCAACACCAAACAACUGUGAACGCCUUUUGUUGGUUAUUUAUUAUUAUUUUUUUUUUACAUAUCUUUCAUCUUAUUUAUUAUCUCUUUCCAAUUUCAACUAUUUUUUUACAAAUUCUAAGUUAUUUAUCUUAUUCUUUAUUGCAAUCUAUUUAAUUUUUUUAAGAAAUAAAAUAGUAAAAAAAAAUAUAAAAAAAAAGAGAAAGAAAAAUAUGAAUAAAACUCAUUAUCGUUUCUACUGGCUCUAAUUCUCAAAAAUAAAAGAAAAGAAAAGAAAAAUGCAACCAUAACAACAUCAACAACCAAUAAAGUACCAGUAAUGAUUAGUAACAACAAUGUUGAUGAUGAGGAAGAUAAUGAUGAAGAUAACAUAAUGACACAAAAAUAAAAUUACAACAGCAACAACAAAUACAACAAUACCACUAAUAACCCUUUCUUACAUAGGCACAAUAUCACCGAACUAUCAGGAAAAAUGGGAGAUUAUGAUAUGCCUUUUGCAAAUUCAUGAUUGAUAUACAAUAAAUGUUUUAAGUGAUUAUCUAAAGACAUUAUUAUUAUUAUUAUUAUUAUUAUUAUUAUUAUUAUUAUUAUUAUUAUUAGAAACUUGUUUUUAUAAUGUCCAUCGUCUCUUGCCAUUAUGGCAAUAAUAGCAGUUAUUAUUAUUAUUAGACAAAUAACAAUGCUGUAAAGGAAAGAUAGUACUUUGAAGUUGAGAAGCAUUAUAUUUUUAUUUUUGUAGCUUUCUUCUGUACACUUCAUCUUUUCUCUUCUUAACUUUUGCAUUAUUAUUUAUUAUCUUUCCAUAGUUGCAUGGGAUGGUUUCUUAGGGCAGUUGCUAAUCACUUAAAUAUAGAAGUAAGUAAUAUAACCAGUUUUUUGUCAUCAGUUAGAUGAACUGAAGCAAGUAAGUUUAGGUGUUUUGCUCAGUGAUGCAGUUAUAAGGGCUGUAACAUGAUCUGAACAUAUAACCAAUAUGAUCAGGCACCUUCACAGCCAUCACAACAACAACAACAACAACAUCUACUACUACUACUACUACUACUACUACUACUACCAGUAAUAAUAAUAAUAAUAAUAAUAAUAAUAAUAAUGUUAUCUCUAACUUGACAAAAAUGAUUUAUUUUUAAAUUGUCAUUACAAUUUUUUUUAUCUUUUCCUUGUUUUGCCAAUUUAAUUAUAAUUCCAAUUUAUCAAUUGGAACAGAAGUUAGCAGUUAUAUUUAUUCUGAACGAUGUAUGUGUAUAUAUAUAUAUAUAUAUACAUACAUGUAAUAUAUAUACAUACAUGUAACAUAUAUAUAUAUAUAUAUGUGUGUGUGUGUGUGUGUGUAUAAAUAAAAGACAGAAUACUCAAUACAUGAUGUGGAGUGUGCAUUUACAAGAGUCACCUGAUGAUUCACUUUCAUGUUACUCAGAGUUUCACAAUGCUGGUUUAAUGCAUGUAGCAAAAAAAAGGAAAAAAACUCUCAAUACCAACAGAAGGAAUUAUCUCCUGAACUCCUUCUCUGUAUACGUAUGUGUGUAAGGCAUAUUUGGAUAUAUGCAAGUAAGAAUGCUAAAAUUGUUAAUAAAUUUUGGUUUAUUAAUAGAAGGGAGUUUUCCCCCCUAAAACGUUUCAGUCAUAUAAAGAAAGGAAAAAAAAAUCAUUCUAGUAAUGUUUUUUUUUUUUUUGACUAGUUACUUUAUUUUUAACUAUUUUGUUUUGAAAGAUUUAUAUUUUUUAAUGUGAUAAUGACCACCAAAGGUCUUUCUAAAUUAUUGUUUCAUGUCUUAUUGAUUUUCAUUUCAAUUUUUGUUUUGAUUUGAAUACCUUGAAUUUAUUAAAAAAAAACAUUUAUGUAAACUGUUAGAUUGUUGCAUAUUUUUCAUCCCUCCAGUCGAGAGAAUUAUCUUCUAAAAUAUUUCAUUUUGUUAUUGUUUUUACCAUAAAAAAAUAAAUUGUUACAGAAUAAUACAUUGCUGAUAAUUUUAUGAAUUAUUUCCAAUAACUAAAUAUGAAAUCCAAUUUUUAAUCAUGUUCUUGUUUAUAAAUGUCAAAAUACCUUGAAGCAGGAUAAAAAAAAUACAUCUUAUUCUUGCUGAAAAAGAAUACUCUCCCAAUAUUUUCUGCUUUUUUUAUUAUUAUUUUUGUAACGAGUUAUUUAUAUUUUUAUUUCCUAGUUACAAAGAACAAGAUUGUUUUAGAUAUUUAAUGAUAACAUUAAAAUGAUUCCUUGAUGUUUCCAUAAAACUUAAAAGGUCAAAAUAAAGCCUAACUUUUUCCUCACAAGUGUGUUGAAUGAAUAAAAAGAUAUUAAUUUAUUGAAAAUGUUAAAUGGUUUUAUAAAAGAUGAUGAAAAAGAAUGAUUCUGUUAUUGGGCUAAAGGAAUUUUAUUUCAUAUUUCAUGAAAUCUGAAAAUAUUUUCUCUGAUUGCAGAAACUAUUAUAUAUACAAAUAAAAUUUUUAAAAAUAAUAAAUUGCCCCCUCUCCCUAGUUCUUAUUGGUACUAAAUUAUAUUAUCCUAUACACAUACUUAUAUCAUAUAGAUAUAUAUUAUAUUUAUAUCUUGGCAUAUUUCAUCUAGUAUCCCUAGACAUUUUUUACACUAAUGAACAUACUGUCUAUAAAACAGUUGACUUUCAAAAUAUACAAACAGAUAGAGCCAGAUUUCCUCCAAAAUAGCUUUGUGAAAAUAAAUGUAUUUGUAAAUACAUACAUAUUCAUACACAAUGCUGCAUACAUAUGUGUAUAUGUGUGUAUAAUACACACACACUCACACACACUCACACACACACAGAUAUAUAUAUAAUUUUUUAAAGCAUUUAAAAAUUUACCAGGUAAUCAGGUAAUAUUGUUGGCAAGAGAAUAUAAGCAAUCUUGCUAGUUUUUAGAAUUGGUAAAAUGCAAAAUCAAACAUAAAAUAUGGUUUUGUAUAUAAGCAUAAAAUUGUUACAAUAGUUCCUGCUUUUACUCAGUCUUCUCUUGCAACCACUGUAUCCUGAUCAGGGUUGUGAUUAUAGGAAAUGGAUCAGGAUAGAUUAGAAUCAUGUAGGCUGCCCUUUAUUACUAUUUAUCAUGUAGUAUAUCUAUUGCUAUCCUGCCUUUAGAUGCUUGACUUGUGAAUACUAAAUGCAAAAAAAAGAAUGAAUGAACAAAGAAAUAUGUAUUAUUGUAGCAAUAACAAUAAUAAUAUCAAUAAAAUUAUCAAUUAUAAUGAUGAAAAUAUUUCUCCAUAUGAAAAUAUAUAUCUCUUAAUAUAAACAAGAAUUGUUGACAGAACCUACAUUCUUAACUACCAACCUAAAC